AUGCUGCGCCUCACAAUAAAUGGUGCGGAAAACUUGCGAUGGUGUGAAGUCGGUGCUGUAACCUUCAGGGUAGCUUUAUUCAAUCUCUCAUUCAAACUGACAAGCACAACACUCGGACAAGAGAAGAACCUCCGACUCAAUGCUCGCCAAUCGGAUGUCAUUGUAUGGGUCGGAAGUGGGGCGCAGUUCUUCAAACUCGAGUGUCCACGUGGUGACAGCAAUUGGCCUAACUUGAAGUGCCAAUCUCGCACUACGGAGGUGUCAAGUCAAGACGACCUCCCACUCAUCGCACCACACACACGCGCACUUUUCCGUGUGUGGGACAAGGCCAGAGGGGUGGAUGGGCGGGAGAAGCAGAACGAGGAGGAGGAGGACGUGGAGGAGGAGGAGGAGGAGGAGGAAGCUGAAGAAUGCAUGUCGCGACCGUUGCUCUGCAUUUAA